UUGGAGUAAUUUAUUCCCGGUUUUAUUUUAUUACAAAAGUGCAGAACGUGUACAUGUUGUCAGUUUAUUAAGUGUUCAAUAUAUGUAGUGUGUGAAGUUUUGUAUGAAGCGGUUCACGUUUCAGAAGGUGGAGAUUUAUUUUGGUCUCUUUGGAACUUGUUCUAGGACUACAGCAGGAGACGGUGUGCGAGAAAGACCAGAUUGAAAAACGAAAAAGUGGAGCACAUCACCACAAUAUGACGGAAAGCUUCCGCAACAUUGAAGACGAGUCGUUUCCAAGCUUCCUUUCCAAUUCCCUGGGUAGUAACAGUAGUGGAGUUCUAGGAAAUGUUACACUCUGCUCCAAUCUGGGACUUCCCGUAGCUGCUUCCACUAUAGCUAAAAUUAGACCCGAAUCCGACAAUAGGGUUCCUGAUAUCCAGGCAUCAUAUUUGGAAGAUGGACAAUUUUCACUCCCGUUAAUGGAGUCCAUGAAUGCACAGAAAGGAAAGUUUGCCCUCAGUUUCAAAGAUGAUUUAGAAGAUGCUGAUGACUUCAUUGCUGCUCAUCGUAUUUCUGAUAUCUUGGUAAAAGUCCAGCAGGAAGAGUCUACAGCGGAUAACAUCCCGUCAAAACGAUAUGGAAACCCAGGUCACUUCCUAGGCCUAAUAUCUAAACAUAUGAAUGACAUUUCCACUGGGUUGCCUCCAACACACACUAAAGAAAUCAAGGCAUCAAAGCCAACUACAACACCACAUCCAGUGACAAUACAGGAAGAAAGGUUGACCAAUGAAGCACCAGACCGUGAUCAUUUCGGUGCAAGCAUGUCCUGCGUUUUGGCAAACGAGAAACGUCUGUCUGUAGACGGUAUAAACAGCAAUAGUACAGAUGAUGAUGAAGAUGAUAUUGAUGUGGACAAGCUCCUUGAUGAUGGACUGGAAUCCUAUUUCAGACAAGUCGGCCCUCCUGGAAUGCAGAGAGGACACAUUGAAGGGCAGGAGCUGCCUGAAGCUGAAAGUAAGCUGCAGCUGUCCCGUGAUGGAGCAGCGUUGCAGAACCAGCAACGGCAUGGACCUGCCAGAGAAAAUAUGCCUGUACAGAGUUCAACAGAUCAAGAAAAUGAUCGUUUCCAAUUUGUAGAUCAUUACGAAGAGGAUAAUUUCCAAAUACCAAAUGUCCGUUUAGCUGCUACAGGAAUGGACUCUUGCCCUGCCAGUGAUGAAGAUACAGAGGAUGAGUUGGAAGCAGUUCACCAGCAGAAUGUCUUGAGACAAAGGUGCUUGUUGCCCAGCACAACAAGACAGCUGGUUGGAGAAAGUAAUAAUACUCGUUUCAGACCUGGAUUAGAAGGAGGCAGCUCUGAUGAGGAGACAUGUGUCGGAGUACGAAAUGCAUCAAAUAAUUCGGGAAUUGCGUUCAGGAGAUCAGCUGAAGGUCAAGUCAUCAAUUCACCUCUUACAGGUGGUGGAGGGGAUGGAACAAGUGAAAGUGAUGAAGAUAAUGGUGGACUAGCCACUAUUCCCACAUUUUCUUCUAAUGUUCAAACCACUUAUGGUGAUCUGCGUGGCCUGGGAAUAGUGGGUUGCAACGUUGCAGACAAGGAUGACUGUGACCAGCUUCCUUUGCAGAGAGUUGGUAGAAACUCUAGUCCUGCUCACAGGGAGAUGGGAGAUCGUAUAUGUCCACUUGGAACAGGGGAAGUUGGAGAUACAGUAAAUAGAUUAUUUCCUUCAAGAUCAUCGACCAAUAGGAGGCUGAUGCAGGAUCGUCAGGAUGCUUUAGAUGCUAUGGACAACCCUGAAGUAGCAUCUGCAAGUGGUGCAGAAGAUAAUCUGGACUCGCUGUAUUUUCGCAAUGUUGGUGAAAACUGCAAACCUGCUGACCAGUCAAACACUGGUAUACUGCAAAGAACCCAAAACAGCUUUCAUCUCUCCCAGUUUGUGCCUCAGUAUGGUGGUAAAGAUAUGGAUGGUCCAAGAGGUGGACCUUGUGGCUACUCCACAGCUCCAGAGGUGUUAACUGAUAGUAAUGAAGAAGGUGAAGAGCACACAAAUGCGGAUUCCCAACCCUCUCUCGAUAAUAAAUACUUGUCACCAACUCCUAAGAAUGAAGAUGCUGGAGACAGAUGGAACCACCAUCUUGAACAAAAGCCUGACUGGAAUGUGAUGUUUGACAACAAUGGAGAAGGGAUAACAGCCCCCCAAGGAGAGGACGAUUCACAUAAAGUGAUUUACCAAAAUGAAGAAGGGGAUUGGGUCACAGACUUGGCAUAUUAUUCUUCAUUUAACAAAGAAGCUAAUCUACUUGGAGACGCUACUAACCUGUUUCAGGACGAAGACUUCAUAUCUGGCACAAACAUUAUUGAAAAAAUUGCUGAAGAUGAGGAGGAAUUUGAAAAGGAACACUGCUUUAUACAGGAAGAGAAGAUAGAUGCCCAGAAUAUAAGUCUAGGACUUGGAGAUACUUCAUGGAAAUUGCCUACAAGCAACUAUGUUCUAAUGAGAGCAUCACAAGCUCCCUCUGACUAUGAUAGAAGUGAUCAGAGCUAUCUUCGACUGUCUUUGGGACAGUUCUUUGGCCAAAGAUCGGAGGCUCUUGGGUUCCUUGGGGACUUUGAAUACGAUAUAAGACGGCCUUCGUUUGGUUAUUUAAUUACAUCUCCAGAGAAGAGAGAACCCUUUGCUUUGAUUAGACCCUCAGACUUUUCUUAUAGCAACCAGGACCAAGAUGAUACACUACAAUUUGGAGAUGAAGAUAAAACCUUGAAUCCAGAUGAUUUGGAAGAGCAACUUGAAGAGAAUGAUCAGCUGCCUUCAGCAACAUUUAAUAUUGCCGACCCAGAAUUACAUACUGCUGUUUCUGUAGAAAAGGGCAAGGAGUUCCAGCCUGAUUCCAGCAGUAAUAGCAGCUAUGUAACCAAUAAGACCAACUUGCCUCUAAGCAUAAGUACCAUUGCUUCUGCCAUAGCUGAUGCUUCUGUCAGUGCAGAUCCUGCACAACUUGCUGCCAUGAUAAUGGAACUGUCAGCGAAAAAUAGGAGCAAACGUUUAGCUGCAGGAGUGUGUGAGAACUCAAGCCCUCUAAAUCAAGAACAGAGUGAGAUUCUUGAAACCCUGCAUAAGACCUGUCCAGCUGGCGAAGUAAACAUGUUUGACAUGGAGAAGUACCUUAAAAAAACUGAGUCUGUUGGUUAUGACAGCGAGGUUGAGACUCGCUCUGUGUCGCCUUACAGCUUUGAUUCUCCUGACUGGGCAGAUUCCGCCAGCAUCCCACAAAGACACGCUGAACCCAAUCCCCCUGAAUGCAGUGAAAGAAAGACUUUAAAGGAAGAAAAUACUGCCAAUAAAAAGCAAAGUAAUGCACAUGACAGUACAGCUGUUCCAUAUCCUGUAGAUAGAAACAGCUUUAACAGGACAAAUGUUUGUGAUAUUUCUGUGCCUUUGUGUCACAGCAAUGGUCGUAGACCCCUCCCUAAACCACAAGCAAGUGGUAACCCUGCAACAUUUUCUGCAAUGGAGACGAGAUCUGUCGGUGCAGGUCAGGUGAAACAAAAUCAAAAGUCUUUUGUAAACGCUUCUGGAAAGUUUGUCCCUGUUAAGAACAAAACUAGUCUGAAAGGAAGUGCUAGUGUGGUGAAUGUGAGCAAUGUAGAACAGGCUUCAGGAAACAGAGGGGCAAGUAUCAGAUCUGAUACUGGAAUACUACAUGUUUCUAGCUCAGGGCCUCGUCCAGCUACUACUACUCAUGGCAGUCUGAAAGCUGAUAAACCAAGAACUAGCACUGAUUCAAAAACUACUGCAAGCAGGAAGAGUGCAUCUUCAAGUUUGUCUUCUCCCAGGAAUCAAAGUGCUGUUCCCCCUUCUGAUACCCAAAGAAAAGAUCAGGAAAAGAUGAAAUCAUCUAGAAACAGGCCAACGGGGAAAGCAAUGCCAGUGACUGAUGCUGCUUUAAGUGGAGCUGAAAAGCAUGUCAGUUUUGUUGAAACUGGUGCUUUGCCUGCUACAGGGAAACAAGUUGAUUCAACAAAAGCCAAGGUGCCAGAACAAGAUGUCCAGUAUCCUGAAGAUACUCAAUUUAGUUUUAGACCAUCCACUUCUCCUUUGACUCAUUCUUCUCCAAGCCAGGUAUCUGGAAUGGAAACUGUUAAAGGGUCCUCCAGUAACUCUCCGACUUCCUCUGCAAGUUCAGUUGAGAGACAUAUUUGUGGAAGCUUGUCUCCCCAGUCUGACUGUUCAAGUCUAAGUCUUAGCAGAUUAACCUAUGUCUCGGUGUAUGACGGUACACUGCAGAACAGCACAAUCAUUCGGAGUCCAGAAAAACCCAAGAAUAAUGACACUAUUCAGCUGAGCACCACCAUUGUUCGUGCAAGUCCAACCCCUCCAGUAGACCAGGACCUUGCCAGUGGUAAAGCUGAUGCUGCCCCUUCAAGCGCCAGCCCAAAACCGAAGCGUAGCAACAGACAUCAGUCAGCUGAAUCCAUGGGUGCUCGCAGCAAAAGUGAACAUAAUAAUCGCACUAAGUUAACCUCAGAAAUUGGAAAGCAGCAAUCGGAGCCAUGUCUGACAAACCAGGAACGGGAAAAUUAUACAAGUUCUAAUUCUUCCAAUGCCAUGGACCAGCCCGAAAAUGUAAAUCAAACUUGGAAAAAUGGUGCUGGAGAGACACCCUCGUUAAACAUGUUUUUUGCUAAUAGAGGUGCAGGAAUGUUUACACCAGAUGACUGUAGAUAUGUUCCUAUUUCAAGCUUCAAACCGCAUGGAGUUUCUAAUGUUCCUUGUGUGGCUCCUGCACUUCCUACUCUCCUUACUGGACACUCUCUUUUUACAAGUCCGAUAGCACAGCAGUACCUUGGAAAUCUGCCCACUCUGCAUCCCUAUGGAAUGGGGGCACAUUCUGGACCGUAUGGGGUUCCUGUUGGGUUGCCUAGAGCUAAUCUCUCACCCGGCCAUGUCCAAAAUACUGUUCCUCUAGGUGUUUCAGCAACCCAUCAAGUAGCAGGAUUCUUAAAUGCAGCCCAGUUCUACAAUGCUCAUUCCUCGGCCAUAGACCAAAAUCUUAAUGCUGGAAAGCCAUACCAAACCCAUGAGAUUGAAGUGGGGGGUUUAGGUGGAUGGAAUGGAGGAGGAAUUGGAAGUGGCCAUGUUGUUGUGCCAGAGGAGCUGAAGUUUCCAAAUGCUUGCUGUGUGGGAAUUGCAUCACAAAAUUCACUCGGCAUGUUUAAUCCGACUGAUCGCUGGAUGCAGGUCAACAUAGCAAUCCACAGUUUGUCCAUCAAUGGAGAAAAGGUGGAAUCUUUGCCUCAUCAAUGGCUAAUUGUGAAAAAUAAGACCAUCAUUGGUCCCAAAACCACAGAAGAGCAGAAGGUGCUCUUCAUUCCUCCUCACCCUGGAGUGUACCAGUGUGUGCUCAGCGUGUCCUCCUGGCCUGUCUCUGCUGAUACAGAGGUAGUUGCACAGGCUGAAGCAUUCGCAGGGAAGGUGCUUAUGAUGGCCAUGGCAGAAACCCCAUCCAUAGAGGUGGAAGUUGGAAACUCAGGCUGUCUGGAGUUCGGCGACGUAACAAGUGGCAGUGUCAAAGCACUCCCUCUGAAACUGCUCAACAGGACCCAUGCCACGGUGCCCAUUAGACUUGUCAUCAGUGCUAAUGCAACUGCCUGGCGCUGUUUCACGUUCUGCAAAAACCCUGUUGAUAUAUCAGCAGAAAGUGCAUUGCAGGUUGGAAGAAUUUCUCCGUUAGCUGCACCAUCACACAUAAGCCACGUGAUGCAUGCCAACUAUGGUGAAGAACCAGAAGAAUUCUUGGUGUGGAUUCAUUUCCGUGCUCCACAAAAAUAUAUGAGUUCAGGUGAUCUGGGCCCUGCAGAUGAAUACUCUGCAAGAAUUAACAUUGAAGUUGAUAGCCCGGGACCCAGCCAUGUUAUAACAAGCAUACUUCUCCAUGCUAGAUCUGGAAUAGCAAGAAUUCAUGCCCCAAAACACCUGCAGACUGUGCAUCUGUCCACUCUACUUGGAACAACGGCGAAGCAGAUGUUGCCUUUAAAAAAUGCAGGCAACAUUGAUGUACAGCUGAAAAUAAAGAUUACAAAUUCAGAAGACUGCUUUUCUGUGAAACCAGAGGAUCUUUUUCUUCGUGCUGGUGAUGAACAGGAAAUCAUGAUCUCCUUUACCUCCCAGGGUAACAGAGCAUUCAGGGAAAGUGUAUUGACGAUUCUAGUCCUGCCAACUGGGCCUCAGUAUGAAGUAGUCCUGAAAGGAGAAAUAUGUUUGGAGAAGACUGGAGAAAUGUAUUUGGAGAAGACUGGAAAAUCUGUGGUUUCUGGACAAUCAUUGUCUUCAGGCUCUAGUACACCAACUGAUGUGCCACCCAUUCUUUCUAACAAACAGUUCAUGGCAUGGGGAGGGGUUACCCUUGGCAGAGCUGUGCAGCAGAAACUUGUUCUUAGAAAUAACUCGCUAGCCUCUGUGCAGCAGCUCCGCCUACUAAUAAGAGGUCAAGAUCAAGAUUGUUUUCAGCUUCAGAGUACAUUUGGGCCUGAGGAAAGACUGUCCAGUCAUCGUGAGCUUACAGUACGCCCUAAUGAAGAUGCUGCCGUGCACUUACUGUUUACACCAACACGUGUAUCAUGUAUGCUUGCUAAGCUGGAGAUCAAACAAUCAGGAAUGCGUUCUACACAACCAGGAAUAAAAUUCACAAUUCCUUUAUCUGGUUAUGGUGGAACAAGCAAUAUUAUCUUGGAGGAUGUAAAAAAGUUGUCCGACAGCUACAUUGUAACUUUAAAUGGCAUUGCCCCUGGAAAAGUGAGUAAAGUCACAAUCUGCAUGAGGAACACAGGCUCUCGUGCUGCUUACAUCAAAGCCAUUCCCUUCAUGGACCUGCAGACAGAGAAACUUAUGGACCCCAAAGUCAUCAGUAUAUCCCCACAACAGUUUGUUUUAAAAGAAAGGACACGGAAGGUGAUUACAGUUUUAUGCAAGUCUACCCAGAGGGAAAAUGAAUUGUGUGCAACCAAAAUGUCGUGUUUGUCUACAAUAUGUUUCUUCUGUGGUGAUGAAAUAUCAAGGCAACAGUUCCGAAGAUUAUUGUCACGUAAACCUGAGGCAGGAAAGCAGAUGCUCCCCAAGAACAGCCUGUUGAAAAAUGUAAUAUUCAAUGAAAGGUUCUUUGAAGAGGAACAAGUAUCCGAAGUGUAUGAUCUUCCGCAGAGACCUAAUGAUGAUCAGCUGUUUUAUAGAAACAUGAAUAAGGUUAUCCUUUUGGUUUUUGGAAAUUCCGAGAUGGACACAAGUGGAAGUGAUUAUGUUGACUCACUUCAACUUUCUCCCAGACACAGCUCUGAAUCGGACAGUGGUCUUCGAAAUCCUGAUAGACAUGUUAGUAAUGCAUCUCUGGAUGUGCUCCCAGUUAAAGGACCCCAGGGCCCUCCUUUGACAUUGAGUGUCUCUGAUAAAGUGCUGAACAAGUCCUUGGAGCCACAGCAGACCUGGAGUAUACAACCGGAGCAGUUAAUUCUGUCUGCUCCAUCUAUCGAUGGUGCUGCUGACACUGGGCAUGUAAAGAUCCUGAACCAUUCUACCAGAGGGCUUAACUUCGAGCUGUCUUGGCCUGCUCAUUGCUUAACGAUCACACCUCAGCAUGGAAUUAUUGAACCACAGAGCCAUUUACAAAUUCUAGUCAGCCCCAAUCCAUCGCUUGCUACCAAACCUUCCCUUUUGCCCUGGAGUGGGCAAAUAUACAUACAGAGUGAUAAUCAACAGAAGUUUAUUAAAGUGCAAAUUCUAGCAGACAUUGCUCCUGAGGUGUCUGCUACAGCUUCAUCAACAAAGCAGCUCAGUGUUCUUCCUGCACAACCAGAGACCCCAAUCCUUCAAAUGGCAAAACCAUUCCCAAAACCUCCUUCUACAAAUGUUGAAAUCAAGAACAAAACUCUGAUAUUCCCGACAACGACUUCUGGUGCAAGCUCAGAGUCACACCUGGAAGUGGAAAACAAUGGUGAAGGGGAAGUCAGAUGGUAUUUGUCAUCAUUUGCACCUCCAUAUGUUAAGGGGGUGGAUGACAGUGGAGAUGUGUACAGAGCCACUUAUACUGCUUUUAGAUGUUCUCGUGUGUCUGGUACACUAGAAGCCCAUGGAAAAAUAAAGGUGGCAAUAAGUUUUUUGCCUCGAGGCGGAGGAGAUUAUGCUCAGUUUUGGGAUCUAGAGUGCCAUCCAAUAACAGAUGCACAUAUGAAACACAAAAUACGCUUUCAGCUUUGUGGGACGGGAAGAAAGGCUGGUGGUGUGGUGGAUAUAAAAGACUCUUCGUCGACUUUGGUGAGAAUAGAAGCAGCAGCUAAAGCUAGAAAGAUACCCGGCUCUGAUGCAUCUGCUGUCAAGGCCAGUCAGGAUGAGGGAACUCAGAGGGGUGUGUUUGCACCACAGGAUUCAUAUACAUUCCCUUACACUCGUGUUGGAGGAUCCAGUACCUUAAAAGUGAAUGUACGCAACAAUACUUUUGCGACUCAUAUGCUGAAGUUUGUAAGCCCAAAAGAACCAUUCCACAUCAAGCAUUCCAAAUACUCUUUAAGGACCCAGCAUUAUAUCAACCUGCCAGUUCAGUUCAGACCAGACGCAGCAGGGAAGUUCGAGGCGUUGUUGCUCAUACAGACCGACGCUUACGGAAGUCUCACUAUUCAACUUGCUGGUGAAGCUGUGGAGUAAAUCAGUAUUAUGUACCUAUUUUUUUGUUUUGUUUUUGACUGAUUGCCUGAUGACACUUUCAGUCUUUGUCUGUUGUUGACAUUGAAGAAGGUUAUACGUACAAUAACAAAUAAACAGACAUUUAACCAACAAAAAAAAAAAAAACCCUGUUCUGUAUAUAUAGCCCUAGAUUAUCAAAGUGGCCUUUUGAUAAUCUAAGGCUGGAAAUGCACAAAUCCUGGGUUUCUGGAAUAGUAUAUUUAAAAAUAAAUAGCAAGCUUGUUUAGGGUUAGUAUUUGUUGAUGCACCAUUUCAGUAAAGUGGCUUUUACUAGGCUUUGUUAUUUUACAUAGCCAUUUAAGCUGUGUUGAUAUAUUUUGUAACUUCAUACAAAACUUACAAAAUUUUCUAAAUAAAAAUCUAAAGGUUUUUUUUAUAUAUAUUUUCAGAAUCCCAUAACUUGGUGAUUUAAGAAUAAAUUGUUUUGGGAAGAAUUGGUCAUUUGCAUAACAAUCAUGCUUAUUUUACGCUUCACGACUAAGCAAAAAUAUAAUGCACCUUGUUGAAAUGGAGGGAAUUAUAUUUUGCACAAGCUUUGUAUUUUUGCUAUUGUAUUUUUCCUAAUGUAGGAUGUAUUUAUUUUAAAGUGAACUUUGUUAAAAUAAAAACCUUUUGAAUUGUUA